CAUAAAAGUGCACUGCCAUAGCUCACGGUGCACUUCCGUGUGCUUUUAGCACCUUGUCUUGAUUCAUCUUGUCUCUCUCUAACUCAUCUCUCGUUUGCUCUUUCUGCAGCUGUUUGAGAUCACAGUGCCGAUCACCCAAGGCACCAAGCCGGUCACCAUUAGUGUGGCCAACCACACCCAGUGCAGUUGUCUGUCCAAAGUGGACGUCUACAAACAAGUUCACAGCAUCAUCAGGAGAUCCCUGCCUGAGUGUCCAAUAGCAAACAGGACGUGUCCUCCUGGUCAGUCUUGGAGCAUCAGGCAAUGUCGGUGUUUCAGUAUGACCGGCAGUGUGCACCACUAUCCUCCUCCUCCACCGCUGCCCCCUCCAUGGCCCUCCCAACAGCACCUUGACAUAUUCUCAGCAGAUGUGUGUGGCCUAGAUAAGGAACUGGACGUGGAAACCUGUCAGUGUGUGUGUCAGCGGCACGAUCAAACUCAAGACUGCGGCCCAAACCGGCACCUCGACCGCAACACCUGCCAGUGCGUUUGCAACAUCGUGCCUGCUCCGUCCUGCUCACAGAACCACAUCUUCAAUAAGGAGACCUGUCAGUGCACAUGCAGCAAGACGUGUCCGAGGCACCAGCCCCUCAAUAAAACAAAGUGUUCCUGCGAAUGUUACGAGUCGCCUAACAAGUGUUUCCUUAAAGGAAGGAGGUUUCACCAAGCCACAUGCAGUUGUCUCAGGCCUCCCUGUGAGGUAAGGAGGCGAAGGUGUGAACCAGGUUUCUCUUUCAGCGAGGAAGUGUGUCGCUGCGUACCGUCCCACUGGAGGCGACUGGACUGACCGUCCGCUAACAACAUGCUAACGAGAUGCUAACAAGAUGCUAAGGAGCAGAUAAGAAACUCAACAAGAAGAAUUCAUUUCCCAUCCUGCUGCUGGUCAUGAGUAUCCCCAUCAGCUGUGAUGGCAGCUAAGUGUGCGGACCCUGAGAAACGUGGGGAAACCUCAGUGACUGGAGUGCAGAUAAGGGGAAGCUCUGGAGAUUUGAAGGUGGGAAAUGCACUGACUCGACUUAUGAGUUUUAAUGGGAGAGCGGCUGAUCGGAGCCCAGAAAGACUAAAAGAGAGAUAGCCAACACUCGACACUUGUUUUAAAAUACUGUUUAAAUAUUUUUUAUAUAUAUAUAUAUAUAUAUAUAUUUGGAGGUUUUCUAUUAAUUAUGUCUCAGUAUUCUUAUGUCAGAUAUUGAUUAUAUAAUUUAUUAAAUGUUAUUUUUCAACCUCUGUUUAUUGAAAUCUCAAUCUUUUUCCAUGAAAAUACACUGUGAUCAAUAUUUUUGUAUCAUGUACAGUAUAUGUGUAAAAUAAAGUAUACUGGAUGUUG